CUCCAGUGGAAGAGAAGUGCCGUGAAACUGACCAAAUGGGAUCUUUACCGAGACUCUGAUUGCAACAAAAAGGCAGCGUUGUUUCGGGAUUCGGAGCAAGCUGGAUCUUUGUGGCCUGGAUUGGGUUCGUUUCGUGCUCCGGGACCGCUUGUGUAACUUUGUUCGCCCGGUCGGCUACAGUGUAUCGAGUGUGAAGUGUACAAAGUAUCGGGCGCCGAUUGUAACAAUGUUACCGAACGUUGCGACAGGCCGGGAGCCGCAGCAAGGCAACCAAAUCCCUGAGCCGCCCCCGGGUCCCCUUUACCCUCCUCCCCCGAGAACCGGCGCUCAGACCAAGAAAAACGCCAUCACCGACGACUACAAGGUCACGACGCAGGUUCUGGGACUGGGCAUCAAUGGGAAAGUUUUGGAAUGUUACAACAAGAAAGCAGGCGAGAAAUUUGCCCUGAAGAUGCUGCAGGACUGUCCGAAGGCCCGGCGGGAGGUGGAUCUCCACUGGCGAGCUUCUGGCUGCAAUCACAUUGUCCGGAUCGUAGACGUCUACGAGAAUCUGUACCAGGGGAGGAAGUGCCUUCUUAUCGUCAUGGAAUGUAUGGAAGGAGGUGAACUGUUCAGCAGAAUCCAGGACAGAGGAGAUCAAGCAUUCACAGAACGAGAGGCUUCUGAAAUCAUGAAGAGCAUUGGGGAAGCAGUUCAGCAUCUCCACUCAGUGAACAUCGCCCAUCGAGAUGUGAAGCCAGAGAAUCUGCUGUAUACCUCCAAACGACCCAACGCCAUCCUAAAACUAACAGAUUUCGGCUUUGCCAAAGAAACAACCAGCUAUAAUUCAUUAGCCACUCCUUGCUACACCCCGUAUUAUGUGGCUCCAGAGGUUCUUGGGCCUGAAAAGUACGACAAAUCCUGUGACAUGUGGUCCUUGGGUGUCAUUAUGUACAUUCUAUUGUGUGGCUAUCCUCCAUUUUACUCCAACCAUGGGCUGGCCAUCUCUCCUGGAAUGAAGAGACGAAUCCGAAUGGGACAGUAUGAAUUCCCAAAUCCGGAGUGGUCGGAAGUUUCAGAGGAAGCCAAACAAUUGAUCAGACACCUUCUGAAGACUGAGCCAACGCAACGCAUGACCAUCAUGGAAUUCAUGAACCAUCCGUGGAUUAAUCAAUCGAUGCAGGUACCACAGACGCCUCUUCACACCAGCAGAGUCCUGAAGGAAGAGAAGGACCUAUGGGAAGAUGUGAAGGAGGAAAUGACCAGUGCCUUGGCUACCAUGAGGGUUGACUACGAACAAAUUAAAAUCAAAAAAAUAGAAGAGUCUUGCAACCCCUUGCUGAUAAAAAGGAGGAAGAAAGGGUUAACUGCGUCCACUGCAGCUGGGCACUGAGACACAGCUACACACAAAGUGGGAUGGGAGGGGAUGGGACGGGCGCCACACUGUUAUUUUUAGAAAAUUCUUUUUAAAUGUCGCAUGAAGUUGAGAAAUUUUUAAUCAGUGGGCUUUUUGGAUUUUAUUUUUAAAUACUUUCUUUACCUCUCUCUCUUGAGCUGAGGUGAACAUUCUGCUGUGAGACACAGUGGUUUUGUUGGGGGGGUGGGGACAUGAGGGGGUGGUUCUUAAACUAACAUAAAAGGACAGAGUUGGGGGUUAAGGGUUGGCGAUCAGCUGGUGAAUCCUGUGAAGAGACUAGCGUGCUCUUAAACUGAGUAUUCCUUUCCAAUAUUUGCGUUCGAUGUAAAGCUUAGUUGAGAGAAAUUUCCUUUGUGUCUUUUGUUUUUUGCAACUUGUCCUUCUCAAAGCUUUAUCCAAUUACUUUAAAGCCAUCUUAGUUUCAUGGGAUUCACAUUGUGUGGUUUUAAAAGGGUGAAGUAUUCACUAUAUUUGAACUUUUCUAAAAUGCUGAAAUCUUUUAUCAGAGGCAUGCAUUAAUAUUUCUAUGGAUGUUUAUUCAUUAUCCACAACCCCGUCAUUGCCCAUGAACUGAAGAGGUUUUACAGGAUUCCCCUUCGGAUUCAGAUUGCUGUAUGAAUUUUUACAACAAAGAAGAUGUCAGAUGUUUCAGAUGCGUGUAGUUGUGCUCUGACUGACCUGUGACGAUGUUAGCUGUUUGCCACUUGACUACACUACUGCCUACUUUCUAAAUGGCACAAGUAGGGAGACAAUUUGGGUUCAUUGGGAUAUGGUCCCAACUGCAACCAUUGCUGGUCACUCCUGUUAACGCCCGGUGGGGCAUUUGUCUGUUCCUCAUGCCUCCUGGCAACCAGCUAAUUCUCUCCACAUUGUGCCUUGAUAUACAAUUACAAAGUGCAACACUAUAGGAAUUGGACUAAGCUGCAUUAUGCAUUGCUGUGCAUUAAGGUAAAACUCCAUCAAGGCUUUCUUUGGCCUAGUCUUGAGACAUCGCCAGCGAUGAGUCUCCUCUGCGGUAAGUCUCACCCAGAGGACAGGGUUGGAAACCUCGAUCAUGGUUGUCUGCUGCCAAAGUUGAACUACUCAGUUGAUCCUCCAGUGUCACUGCAAUCAGUCUCUUGCAUCUCAUUCUAUGAGAGGGACUUGGCCUGGCAGACAAUGCCCAGCGAGUCUGCUGAGAUGGCAAGCAGAAAAAUGAGAAUGCAAACUAAAAGCUAAAAUCUAACUUUGACAAUUGAUGGAAUAUGACUUACAGAUCAUGAUUUUUUUUAAAUCCUUUGUAGUUUUAGCAGAUUUAAUUCCUGAGGUGGAAUGCAAAUUAAAAGUCUUAGUGAAUUAACUGCAGUAAAAAUAACUGUUGGGAACUGUUCAUUAGAUCUGUAUAGAGAUGGCAAGCCAAGUAGUUUUUUUUUUACAGACUUUGGGCUUUUUAAGAGAAAGGAACUUUUGUUUGUAUUGGCAGAGUUUUUUGUGAUAAAGUUUCUACAGUAUUGGAGACACCAGAGACGGCAGAUACUGGAAUCUGGAGCGAUACACAAUCUGCUGGAGGAACUCAGGCAGCGUCUGUGCUGGCACCUGAAGCAGGGUUCUCGAUCCAAAACAUCCACUAUCUCUCUGCCUCCACAGAUGCUGCUCGACCCACUGAGUUCCUCCAGCAGUUUGUUUUUUGUUGGAAGUGAAAGUCUGGAUCAGUAUUUUCUCUGCUGUCUUAGCUCUGUAUUGUGACCACACCUUGUUCUCGUAACUACUCAUAGGGUAUGGCAACAGUUUAAGAAAAACAUCCUUGAUGAAUUGUUUGAUGAGAUGUGUGAUUAGAAAGCACCUUAUCUCAUGAUAACACAGAAGGAGGCCUUUGGGCCCAUCAGGUUUGUGCUAGCUCCCAGGAGAGCAAUCCCCAUCAGUCCCAUUUCCCCCUCCUUAUUUCCCUGUAUCCCUGCUAUUUAUUCUCUCUCACACAUGCCCACCAACUCCCUUCUGAUUCUUGUAAUUAAGGGGUCAUUUACAAUGGCCAAUUAACCUACCAACCCGCACGAGUUUGAGAUGUGGGAGGAAACCGGAGCACACAGGGGAGACUCACGCGGUCACAGCCACCACCUGAGGUCAGAAUUGAACCCAGGUCACUGGGGCUAGGAGGCAGCAGCACUAACCGCUGCGCCACCGUGUCAUCCACAUUGGAGCUGGGCAAGAAUGUCCUAAUUUCUGCCACACUUCUUCGGAAGCACUGACUCAUUUUAACAAAAUAGCACAGUAAAAAUACUUAUAGAUUUGUUUUAAGUUCCUUGUUACAUGACUCCAUUAGACAUGUCCAAUUUUGGAUGCUGAGGCGAUAGUCAUUGGCACCUCAGAUUCUGGAAUUAUUAAAGCACAGUGGACAUGUGUCAAUGCCUCACUCUGUGACAUUGAUUGGAAGUUCAUGCAGUGUGUUAACAGGUCACUUGUUACCACAAGACCCCAGCUAGUGAGCUGCUCUCCAUUCUUGUGAAUGGCACCACUUCCUUCCCAGAAGCAGGCUGAAAUAAUCUCAAAAUUUGUUAUAAAUAUUGUCACCCUUAAAAACAAUAUUCCAACAAAGUAAACUUGGUCCACUGCCCUAGAAGUGCUGAUAGUGAGUCUUGCACCUUGCACUUGGUCAGACCUCCCAGUUGGUACCCAUCAGACUGAUUUACAUUUGCAUUGACCACAGAAUAACUGAGUCAUCCUGGCAACUUGCCUUGAGUCAAAGAAUUAUUUAUUUUAAGCAAGGUUCACCUGUUUUUCUUGAGCCACAUAGAAAUAUGCACACAAUAUUCUGUAAGACAGGUAUGCUAAUAUUAGCUUUAAUUAAAAACUAUCCAUUUAUAACUGCAUAAUAAUUUAUAGCCAGCAUCUGAAACCAAUAAUUAUCUCCAUCUGUUAAGAAAAUUGACCCAGGGGUUUGCUGUAUUUUGUUUUUACAAAAUGGAGAAAGGAUUUGGUUUUUCGUGACAUGGUACCUCACCUUUAGAGAUUUCAACUAGAAACUCCACACCUGCUCCAGUGUUCGUGAGCUUCCAGCCCAGUGAGGACUUUUGCAAAGAUAGAAAAUUGUAACGGACAGCAUCUCGCACCCUUUCUGUUAAAGAGCUAGAAUCAGCCAAAAACUAGGAAUCGGGGGGGGGUGAAGUAUAUUUGAGAUGUCUAGACAGAAGAAUUAAUAGAAGUUGAAAUUUAUCUAGUAAACACCAAUGUUACAUAAAACUUGGGUACUUCUUAGCAAGUUCUCUACUAGUGAGUGAGUGUUGAGGGCAGGCUAUUGAUGUGAGGACUUAGCCUUGCAUCUCAUAUGUAAUCAGACCUGGUUUACAUUGACCACAGAAUAAUUUAAAGCCUCGAACCAAUCUAUGUGACUGUUUGAGCCUCCCACCCCACUCUGUCAGGGCCUUCUAUUCUAUUCCUCCACCCUACCACCCCCAUGAUGUAUUUUUUUAUAACUUUGAGGUGUCAAAACAUGAUAUCUGAUUACACCUCUCUCCCUCUGGAAAACGUGCAUCUUCUCAUAGGGAGGGAUAUCAUGCCCCAAAGUUAAGUUAUGGGUGAUUUAGUCCUUGUAACCUCCGAUGAGAUAGUCAAUAGUUGGUGAUGGGAAACUAUGCUUCUCUCUAAACCACAUCAGAACCACAUCCUGUGAGAGCUGGAAGGCAAGCAGUCAGAAGGUUGGUCCAAACCUUGGUGGGAUUGAGCUGUCUCUGAGGAAUUGUUAGAGAAGUAUGAGCUGUGAUCAUGUCUUCACUGAUCGUGUGUGUGUGUGUGUGUGUGUGUGUGUGUGUGGCUAUUAAACUUGUUGAUAACUUUCAAUCCUAUUGAGGCAGAUUGCAGGUUCCACUGUGGGGGUAACUAGUUGCCGAGGGGAGGAAGGCAGGAGCAGUCAGAGGUGGAUUGAGUCAGGGUCAUGUAAGUCUAGUGUGAACCAACUGUGCAGGGUGUAGGAGCUAUUUCCAGUUUAGACCUUGAUGAUCAGUUGUUCUCCAUAUUCCACAGUCUGUUUUGUCUCUUUAAGUGUAAUGCAUGCUUGUCCUUAUUAACUCUCCUGUUGUUCAGGAAGUUGAGAAAAAACAGAGUAGGCAGCCCUCUGAUUGGAAUUCACAGUGGUCUCCAGGAGAACUUUGUGCAGUUAUCUGUUGCAAAACUUGUCUGUAGUUGCUGAGGAAGCAACGAAACCUCUCACCACCCAGAAACCUCAGCCAGGAUCCACUCCCCUUCCUUCCCUCUGGUCUUCCUCAAAUUUUCCGUGGGAGGUAUCAUUCGGAGCACAGAGGAAGUCUCAGGGUGGGACGUAGGGGGAAACGUGAAUGUAGUGGUGACCUACAAGAGAGGGGACACCGGGAAUUCCCUGGGAAUUUUCCGUUGCUGCUCCAAUGUGUAGCCUUCUCCAUUCUGAGGUAACGUAUAGACCAAUGGUCACCAAGUGCAGUGGGAAUGAGCAAGGACGCUGAGUUCAAUAUCCUUUGAGUAGCUUAGAAUGAGACCCCAGUGUCUCCAAGAUCCACUUCUGUUAGUGUCUGCUGAAACCCUCAUCCACACUUGUUCCCUCCAGAAUCGAGGGUUCUUUGCGCUCCUUCAUUUCAUUCUAUGUAAACUCAAGGUUGUUCAAGUCUCUGCUGUCAUCUGACCCAACUUGCAUCACAUCCCAUUCACCUCUGCUCCCUGAUCCUCACUGGUUCUCAGAAAGCAACACCUCUGUUUUAAACUUCUCAGUUUUUUGAAAUCUCUCUGUAGUCUCAGCCUCCCUGUCUCUGGAAUCUCCCCUGGCCCUCUUAUACCCUCCAACAUCUCCGCAUUCCUCCAAUCCAGGCUCAGAGUCGUAGAGUCGUAUCUGAUUCCACCUCUUCCUCUGGCAGCGAGUUCCAGAUAUCAACAUAUCUGUGUUUUAAGAAAACUUUCCCCUCACAUCCCUUUUUAAAACUUCCUCACACCUUAAACCUAUAACCUCUUGUGUUGACAUUCUUACCAUGGAAAAAGGAUUCUGACUAUAUACCCUAUCAAACUCUCUUAUAAUGUUAUACACCUCUAUCAGGUCACCCCUCAGCCUCCUUCACUCCAGGGAAAACAGUCCCCCCGUCCAUUCUCUCCCCAUAACUAAAGUCCUCCAAUCCAGGCAACAUCCUGGUGAAUCUCCUCUGCUCUCUUAACACUGCAACCACAUCCUUCCUAUAGUGUGGUGACCAGAACUGCACACAGUGCUCCAAGUGCGGUCUAACCAACAUUUGGUAAAGUUGCAACAUAACCUCCUAACUUUUGUACUCUAUGCCCUGAACUACGAAGGCAAGCAUGCCGUUUGCCUUCUUCACCACCCAUCGACCUGUGUUGCCACUUUCAGGGAACUGUGAACCCCAAGGUCCCUCUGUUCACCAUCAUUCCUUGGUGCCCUACCGUUUACUGUGUCUAUCCUACUACUAUUUGACUUCCUAAAAUGCAUCAUCUUGCAUGUUGGGGUUAAGUUCCACCUGCUGAUGUCUGUACAUCCUGCUAGGGCACUACACAACCUUCCUCGCUAUCCACAACACCACUGACUUUUGUAUCAUCUGCAAACAUUGGGUGGCUAGGGAAUUUAAUCCCUCCACCACAGGUGGCCGUGACUUCAGCUGGAUGGACCCCCAAGCUCUGGACUUCCCUCCUGAAUCCCCACCCUCCUUACUCACCUCUCCUUUCAAGAUGCUCCUUGAAACCUACCUGUCACUGCCCAAGGCUUUUGGCCACCUGUCCUUUUGUGUGGCACCAAUUUUGUUUCUUCGCUUACAGUCCUGUGAAGUGCGAAUUUGUUACAAGUGCUGUGCACUUGGAAGCAGUUGCUGGGAUUCCAGGGAAGCCCUUUGGGAGGAGGUAUUGGUGUGACUGUUUCAUAACACAACACACUGAAGCAAUGGUUUUCCAACAGUACCAGACCGGACUAAGGAUGUAACAAAUAAAUAACUCUUUAUCUGAAAGCUCCUGCAGUUUGUUGUUAGCACCAAGUCAGAAAAGUGAAGUCAGCUUCCUGGAGCAGCAGAUCCCCAUUCAUUAGUGCAGGGAACUGACAACUCCUUGGAGUUAGCACCCAGGGUACCCCACAUGCUCUGCUGGGCGGUGCUCUUGUUGUGGCAGCCUAACCUCAUGCUUAUAUUCUGCAAGUUCCUUUUGCUCCAUAAACAAUUCCUCAAGGGCAUCUCUAUACUAUAUAAGGGUAUGUUUAAAGAUAGAUAGCCCUGCCUUCUGACAUUUCAGCCCCAAUCUCCUGGAUACAAAGAUCGGGGAGUAGCUGCCUAAAAUAGCCGAAUUAUGUGAGAUCCAGGGAGCUUGGAAUUGUAAUUGGUUUAUUAUUGUCACAUGUACCGAGAUACAGUGAAAAGCUUUGUUUGUGUGCCAUCCAUACACAUCAUGCCGUUCGUAAGCACAUCAGUAUGUCAAGGUAAUAAUAAUAAAAGAAUGCAGAAUCUAGUGUUACAGUUACAGAGAAAGUGCAGUGCAGGUAGAUAAAUAAAGGGCCACGAUAAGGUAGAUUGGGAGACCAAGAGCUCAUCUUUUAGAAUAUGAGAGGUCUGUUGAAGAGUCUGAUAACAGCAGGAUAGAAGUUGUCCAUGAGUCUGGUGGUAUGUGUUCUCAAACUUUUGUAUCUUCUGCCCAAUGAGAGGGGGGAAAGGAGAGACUGACCAGGGUGGGAGGGGUCCUUGAUUAUGUUGGCUGCUUUCCCAAGAGUCCAUGGAGGGGAGGCUGGUUUUGGAGAUGGACUGAGUUGUGCUCACUACUCUCUGCGAUUUCUUGCAGUGUCAGGCAGAACAGUUGCCAUUCUAAGCUGUGAUGCAUCUGGAUAGGAUGCUUUCUGUGGUGCAUCUGUAAAAGUUGAUGAAGAUCAUCAGGGACAUGCCGAAUUCCCCCUGCCUUCUGAGGAAGUAGAUUCGCUGGUGUCCUUUGCAUGGAGCUGAGGGAGCUCCUCCACUGGAUCUGCAUCAUUGCCUCCACGAGAGUAGCUGUUAGAUCCACAACGUCAACAUGCAGGUCUUGAAACUAGUUGAUGGUCACCUGGCGGAGCCUUAGGAACUUCCCAGCAAACACACAUUGGCCAGUGGUUCAUGAGGAAGGUCACUGCCCUCAUGGAAGAGCCCUUCCUACUGCAAGGACCAAUGUUGUGUUUCCACUCCAGCUCUCAGCUGCUAUUGCGUUAACUCUACCCAUCACGGAGACUGCCGCGUGGGGCAGUAUCAGAUGUUUCGAGGCAGUGUGUUGCAAAUUUCCUUCUUUCUCACAUACACACACAAGCUGCCAGUGUUAAUCUACAGAGUAGUUUAGUUUUGUAAACAAAGCUUGUAUAUAGCAGAAAAUACCACGUAGGGUAUCUGAUAGACUGAUAGUGAUUAGAAACUAGUGAGGUUUCACCAUGGGAGACCCACAGUCUCCCACUCAAUCCAGGUACAAGUCACCUUUGGGCACAGGACCAAGUGUGUCUCCAGUGAGGACCUCAGCCGUCCACCACACUGACUCUGUUACUUUGGGUGGGUUUGUAUGUGAUCCUGUAUGAGAGGAGGAACUGUUGGAAGUCGACGGUAGGUCAGGCAGGGUAUGCACCUUGUGUUGGCUCUCUCCCUUCUCAGAUUGACAUCUCCCAUUGACACAAGAAAGUAAUGCCUAAAAGUGGGACCAUUGUGAACCUUUGUAACGACGAGCAGAGACUUCAUCUUGGGAAAAAUCCAAACCCCCAUUUUAACUGAAGCCACAGAGCAGGGAUAGGGUGGGAAUGGACAGUGUUCAUGGUGAUUGGGAGGGGUUGACGUGCCUGACCCAGUUAAAAUGGGUCAAUUUUAAAAUUCUCAUUUUCAGAUGGUCUCUCCCCUCCCUGUCACCAGAUCUCCUAGCCCUUCAACCCUCCUGGAUUCUCUGUUCUUCAGUUCUGAUCCCCUGGUCAUCUCUGAAUGUAGUCACUCCACCACUGCAGCUGCCUGGACCUGCGUCUGGGCCUGUGUCUAAAAUUCCCUCUCUAAACCUCUCCACCUCUCUUGCCCUCCUUAGGACACUCCCUCUGACUAAACUUGUGGCCAAUCGUUUCCUUGUGUGAUGAUGCCCUUGUGAAGCAUCCUGGGAUGUCUUUAUAGCAAUAGCAUUCCGUACAUGGAAGUGAUUGUUGUGCCCAUUCUGUGGUCUACGUGGAUGGGAGUGGUUAAAGUUGGAGCUUGGCUCUGGGUGUGUGUGUGUGUGUGUGUGAGUGAGUGAGUGAACUCUGAUCAGUGAUCAUUGCCUGAGCUGCUAGUUUGAAGCCUGGCAGGUCACAUCUUCAAUUCUUUGCCUCCACUGUACACUGAAGUCACUCUUACAGUUCCGUAUAAUUGCUGUGGUGUUGGUUACAAUGUCCGGUUUGUCUUCUGUAUGAAAUGUCUCCUUGGAAUUUUCAUUCUCAAAUCACACAAGAUGAUCUACUCUUUGUUUAUUUUUCUGUUUUUGGGGCAGGUUGGGGUUGUGUUACAUUCAGUGACUGUACCACAUUGUAAUCGAGGACACCAUUCAGCAAUUAAAAAUUAUAUUUAUUCA